GGUCAGCCAAUGGGAAGGCGCGCUUGGCGGGGACGGCGCUGGCCUCCUGAAGCGGUUGAGGGGGGAGCGCGAGCGUUGGAGACGCGAGCGCGGAGUUGGGCGCGAGGCGUCGUCGCCGUCGCCGGUCUGAGGAGGUCAUUGGAUUAUUGUUUGAAGGUGAAAAUGGGGGAAAUAGAAGGCACUUACAGAGUACUGCAGACUCCAGGUUCUCGUUUGGGAGUUCAGAAAAACUCUGGAGUGAGUACUUUGGAACCAGGACAAAACCUCUCCUCUGCCAUAGCAUCAGCACCAGCUAAAGCACAUGAGAGGUCUCUGCAGAUCAAAAUAAAGCUUUUGGAUAACACUGUGGAGGUCCUUGAUAUUGAGUCAAAAAGUUAUGGCCAAAAACUGCUGACAGAAGUAUUUAAUCGUCUGAAUUUGGUUGAGUCUGACUACUUUGGAAUUGAGUUCCAGAAUAUGCAGUCAUAUUGGAUUUGGCUCGAGCCUAUGAAACCUACCAUUAAACAAAUACGAAGACCAAAGAAUACAAUGCUUCGUCUAGCUGUAAAGUUCUUUCCUCCUGAUCCUGGUCAGUUGCAAGAGGAAUAUACCAGGUAUCUAUUUGCAUUGCAAAUCAAGAGGGAUCUAGCAGAGGAACACCUUACCUGCAAUGAUAACACAGCAGCACUUCUCAUAUCUCACCUUCUGCAAUCGGAGAUCGGAGACUUUGAUGAAUCAGGGGACCGAGAACACCUUAAAAAUAAUCAGUAUUUCCCAAACCAAGAUAGACUGCAAGGAAAAAUACUUGAAUUUCACAGGAAACACAUUGGCCAAACUCCUGCUGAAUCAGAUUUCCAAGUACUUGAAAUAGCUCGGAAGUUAGAGAUGUAUGGCAUGAGGUUUCACCUGGCAUCUGACCGUGAGGGGACAAAGAUUAAUUUGGCUGUUUCACAUACAGGUGUCUUGGUAUUCCAGGGUAAUACAAAAAUCAAUACUUUUAACUGGUCCAAAAUAAGAAAGAUAAGCUUCAAGAGAAAACGAUUCCUCAUCAAGCUUCACCCAGAAGUUCAUGGUCCAUAUCAGGACACUUUGGAAUUUCUUUUAGGGAGUAGAGAUGAGUGCAAGAACUUCUGGAAAAUAUGUGUUGAGUAUCACACUUUCUUCAGGCUAUUUGAUCAGCCAAAACCAAAGUCAAAAGCAGUCUUCUUCAGCAGAGGGUCAUCUUUCAGAUACAGUGGGCGUACACAGAAACAAUUGGUGGAUUAUGUUAAAGAGAGUGGGUUGAAAAAAAUCCCAUAUGAAAGGAGGCACAGCAAAACCAGAAUGUCUGCUCAUACCUUGAAUCCUGAUGCACCCAAACAAAACCUCUCGUUUACAGAUGGGUUGAGAACCCCUGGGUCUAAUAUAUGUACAUAUUCUUCUUUACACUCGGAUCAUGUAUUAUCUGCAAACAUUGCCAGCUUACCCACUUUCACAGAAAGCAAUGCUUACUUUCUGGAGCCUAGAAUGUUACAUACGAGGAACUUGCCAGCAGAAGGAAAUAGUGGGUCAUCAGAAGAAACUGGGAAGAAAGUGGUACAGGAGCCUGGAUCACCAGUACUCCAGUCAUUCCAAGGUUCUCAGGUGGCUUCCUUUAAAAUGAAGACUCCAAUGACCUUGAACCCCCCAUUUCAAGUGAAUAUGAAUUCAUCUGGACAAGGCUCAUCUCCCCUUUUGAGCCCUGUCUUGAGUGAUGUUGGUGGUGCAAGAAUAGAAGAAGAGGACGAAACAAGGCGAAAGAGAUAUCCAGCGGACAAAGCGUAUUUCAUUGCAAAAGAAAUUCUUGCUACUGAACGGACUUAUUUGAAGGACCUAGAAGUACUAACUGUAUGGUUCCGCAGUGCAGUUGUUAAGGAGAAAGCCAUGCCGGACGGGCUCAUGUCCUUGUUCUUCUCUAAUAUAGACCCUAUCUAUGAAUUUCACAGUGGUUUCCUGAAGGAGCUUGAGCAGCGUCUAGUACUUUGGGAGGGACGGUCAAGUGCUUCCACAAAAGGAGAUUAUCAACGAAUUGGUGAUGUGAUGCUGAAAAACAUGCAUACACUAAAGGAGCUUACCAGCUACCUGCAGAAGCAUGAUGAAGUCUUGACAGAAUUAGAGAAAGCAACUAAGCGUAUUAAAAAACUGGAAAUGGUUUAUAAAGAGUUUGAACUCCAGAAAGUUUGUUAUUUGCCACUCAACACUUUCCUUCUCAAACCCAUCCAGAGGUUAAUGCACUACAAACUGAUCCUGGGGAGACUUUGCAAACACUACACACCAGAUCACCGGGACUAUGCGGACUGCCGGAGUUCACUGAAGGAAAUCACAGAAAUGACAUCACGACUUCAAAACAGCCUCAUCCGCUUGGAAAAUUUCCAGAAGCUGACAGAGUUACAGCAUGACCUCCUUGGCAUUGACAACCUUGUAGCAGCUGGCAGAGAAUUUAUCCGGGAAGGCUGCUUAUACAAGUUAACAAAAAAGGGUUUACAGCAAAGGAUGUUCUUUCUGUUUUCAGAUAUGUUGCUAUACACAAGCAAAGGAGUCACAGGAACCAAUCAGUUCAAAAUUCAUGGCCAUCUUCCUCUUCAUGGGAUGCUGGUGGAAGAGAGCGAAAAUGAAUGGUCUGUACCUCAUUGCUUCACAAUCUAUUCUGCUCAGAAGACUAUAGUGGUGGCAGCAAGCACUCGCCUGGAAAUGGGGAAGUGGAUGGAAGAUCUCAACAUGGCCAUUGAAAUGGCAAAGAAAACCAGUGACAAAUCAGACAUGGUUCUGGAAAAUUCCCUCUGCAGUCGUUCUAACAGAUCCUCAGAUGAGGUUUCUCUAGAACAGGAGUCCGAAGAGGACAUUCAUUCUUCUCGUAGCUCCCUGGACAGGCAGAGCCACCACCGAGCCAACACUACCAUGCAUGUCUGCUGGUAUCGCAACACCAGCGUCUCCAUGACUGAUCACAGUGUGGCCGUCGAGAACCAGCUGUCAGGAUAUCUACUAAGGAAAUUCAAAAACAGUAAUGGAUGGCAGAAAUUAUGGGUGGUUUUCACAAACUUCUGCCUAUUUUUCUACAAAACACACCAGGAUGAUUAUCCCCUGGCGAGUUUGCCACUCCUUGGCUAUGCAGUCAGCAUCCCAGUGGAGGCAGAUGGCAUCCAGAAGGAUUAUGUCUUCAAGCUGCAGUUUAAGUCUCAUGUGUAUUUCUUCAGGGCUGAAAGCAAGUACACCUUUGAAAGGUGGAUGGAAGUGAUAAAGAGAGCCACAAGUUCUCCUGGAAGAUCUAGUCUCCACAUCCCAAAGGAUGAAAAAGAAAAGACCACAAACUGAAAGCAGAGCUGGGCCUCUGUUAAAUGUUCAUUUUCUGUAGCAAUGCAGAAUUGGGGACAGGAGCCUGAGCCUGAGAGCAGUAUAAAGAGAAACCUCCUGUUACUAUUGUGGCCAAGUUAGUUGCCUCAUGGAAAUUGAUUUUUUUUUUUUUGCAGUUACCCAAAGAGAAUCUCAAGAACUCCAUUCAUGGAAGAAUUAUGGUUGCUGAAUUUAAACUUAAAACAAAUAGCAUUUGGCAAUAUUGUCUGGAUGAUUGUAAAGUCUGAUGACUUUCAAGUGGCUUCCUAGGUUAAUGCUCAAUUCUGGCUAAACAAUCCUUGUGCAACUUGUUCUGUCAGCCUACCAGCCAGACAUGCCUUGCAUGCUGCUACCAGCAUUCAUAUUUAUAUAAAAAUUUGCAUUUCCUACUUACUGUAGAAUAAAGUAUCCUGAAAGCUGUUACAUAGCAACUUUCGCCCUUCUUAUUUUCCCAAAGCAGACAAACACACUGUUCUACAAUUAACAUGGCUUCUCUGAACCAGUUAUUACAUCUCUGCAAGGCACAGAUAAAUGAAAUUUCUGGUCAUAUCAAUUUUUCCUGUGACUUAGGGCAGUGCCACCAAGCAUUUUGGCAGACUCUAUACUGAGUUUUGCUUAAUAAAGAUGUGAAAUCUUCCAUGGUACGAAUCAAUCGUCGUUUUAAAAAAAGACAGGCUGCAUGAGUCCAUGAAAAAGAAAUCCGGGCUCUACAUUAGGACAAUAGUUUUAUUAGGAUGAUGUUGCCCUUGGAUAGUAGUGGAAAGUAGUUUGCUGGUCUGAUGAUGGAUGGUGUUAAAGCAAAGUUUAUUUAAUAUGUUAUGCUAUAUUGAACAACAAUGUGGUGAUGGGUAGUGUAUUUUAAAGGAAACAGACUGGGGUGGAAAAUUAUUUAUAUAUUUAACAUUGAUUUUUGUCAUAUGAGAAACUAGAGGAGAGAUGGUAAGCAUUUAUACCUAGUCCCUUCAUUACUCUUAAAAUUGAUAAAAACAUUGUGUGGGGUGAAUGAGUCUUCUAGGUAAAAGGUUAAGGGUUGGUACCCACACAAGACCCUAAAGGGAAGACUGUUUUCUGUUCAAUAUCUUCAUCGGUAAUCUGCAAAGUGCUAAAGACUUCUAUUAUAAUGGCCAUUCAAUGUAAGUUAAAUGUAUUUUUUUAUUUAUUAGUGUCUGUUUUUGGAAAUAAAACUAUUCUAGAUCUUUA